AUCAAAAUGGCGGCGAGUUCAGUGUUAGUCGAGGCAUGUCUGAUGUGAGAAGAAAAUGGAACGAGAACAGCUGUGAUAUGUUGAGGGGAAGAAAAGUGACCAAUCCCUCGGUGUCAGCGGGGGGUGGAUCCAACAGGCAUGACAGCAACAAAGAUUUCAAUCGAGCCUGGAGCAACAUCCACAAAGUCAAAACAGAGUUAAGGAAGAUCGAACACAGACUAGGGGAGAGUGAGCAUCGAACUGUUCUGAAUGAAAUCUACGAAACCAGCAUCACCGAUUAUUCACCACGGACCGAUCUGAAUGUAACUUAUGAUGCAACAGAGGCAGGAAGAGCUGCAUUUGUUGACAGAUAUGGCUGGACUUCAAAUGCAAGAAAUAAACCUUACCACAGCAGCAGGAAAGUUGUUAGAAUAGAAGACAGAUACCAGGAGAUGGAUGGGAUCGGUGCCAGGAGUCGGACGGAGAAAAAUGACGGCAAAGGGACCACCCACGGAAAGCCGGGAAAGUCUGGCCCAGAAACCAUGGCUAAUGGAGGACGGGAUCGGAAAUAUAAAGCCAGCGAACAGCCAAGAGACACCGGGCCCAUGUAUUCAGAAAAUCCAGGUGAAAUGUAUGGCGACUUAAUCGGGGCAACAGGAGUGACCAAUGAUUUAGGUUCUUUGGAUCGUGAUCCUUCGGAUAUUAAUCAGGAUACUUUAACGGACUCUAGAGCAAUAAGAGAGACAGACAUUAGGUUUUUAAAUAACGAUUUAUCCUCGUACAAUGAUGUUAGGUGGGGUAGGCCAGUAAAUUCGUCCAAUCAGAAUCAUUUAGCCCAUGUCAGUGUGACCGUCCCAAGGGCCCGUAACUCUUACCAGCACGAGCCAUACCCAGUCAGAGCUACGCAUUCAAAUGAAACAGAGAGGGAGAGAAAGUGGGAAGUGGGCUCCACGGACUCAGCAGCAUCAGACACCAGCUCUCAGAUCGGCAGAAAGUUAAAGAAGACGCUGAAAGAUCUAGAUUUCGAUGCAUUGUCCAAAAUAAAAGAGAAAAUUCGGAAACAGCAGCAGCGCUCAGCAUCUCCCAAAGUUGAUAACCUAGAUAGGAAUGGGGAUGAUGAUGAGAUGGGGGAGGCGGAUAUGAACCCUAUGAAUGGUCCACAUCACUACCAUCACAAUGAAUAUGAGCCUGUACUCAGUCGAGCUUCCUACGACCUACCACCACCAGAUGGCGCCGACAGUCAGAGGCGAGUUCGCAAGGUGGCCCCCGCCCCUACUGUCCCAACGUACAAAGGUUUCAGUGAAGCAGAGGUGAGGUAUAAAUAUGCAGACUUCAAACCCCCCAAAGUAAUGGACUGGAGAAAGAGGGAAAAGAAAAAGAAAGCUGCCCUCAAACUGCAGGAAAAGAAAAUGGAACAGGCCACCAAAGAAUCCGUCCCAGAGGAAACCAAACCAAAAAAGAAAAUGACAAGGAUCGUUGCCACUAGCAACAAAAAACCUGAAAAGCAAUCAAAGAAAGAUAUUAUAACAACAUCAUCAUGGCGGGCAGGACAAGAGCUGAUUCUACGAGAACUUGGACCAGCGAAAACUCGAAGGACGUCACAGACUAGUGAGGCCUCUGUUGAUAUCAGACCACCAGCCACUGGGGCCAGUAACAAUGACAACGAAAAAGAUAAACGAGAGGAAGUGGCUGAGCCGAAAACUGCAACAACGGUGGAACUGGAACGAGCCAAGGCCUUGUCUGAAGAGGCCAGAAAAGUGCUGUCUGAUCUCAAUAUGGGUUCAGAAAAUGAGGAGGAUGACAAGCCUGGGAAGGAGAAUGAGGACAAUAUCAAACGGAGGAGAUCAGCCAAGAGGAAGGCCAGUAAAACAACAGAACCUGAAAAACAAUCGAAUGCCAAACAACGACACUACGACCAAGAAGAAGUCCGCCGCUUCAUCCAGAAGCAGAAGGCGGACAGGCUGAGACAGCAACGUGAGGAGGAGAAGAGGAAACAGCGGGCCCAGGAGAUGAGGAGUCAGCAACUCGAGGAGCUGAGGAGCAAGCAGAAACAGAGCGCCCACAGCUCCAAGAGGCCCACCAAGUCGGCAGGUGCCCGGAGUAAGGGUAAAGCCCACGAUGAGACAUUUACCCACGCUCCAAUGUCCUACAUGGAACUACCCAGACACCAUCCAUUUCAUGAGGAUCUUCAGUCUGGAUCAAUGGCUACCACAGAGUCGGAGAGAGAGAGGCAUGCUGGGAUACCGCCGAGAGAAGAGGAAAUGGAAAUGUCCGAUGACAGCUCCACGUUGACAGGGGAAUCUCUAGAAGCUGUCACUCCCACCAUUACUCCUAGGGUUGAGUUUGAAGAUGCCAAAUCUAAACCAAAGAGUGAUGCCCACGAAAGAAAUAGUGUUCAAGAUGGAAACUUAAAUAGUGCUAAUGUGAAAAACCUAGGUGGAUUAACGUUCAAUGUGGAUGGUGUACUAAGCAAAUUUUCGGAGGCUUUACACAGCCGUGGUAAUGAUAUUAAUUCUGGAUACGGAGGUUCCGGGUCGUCCACAGGAAGUCAGGAUCGGCCGCACGUUUACGGGAGUGAGGACCCGGGCAGUGGCCGGAGCAAGGCAGACAGGAUACAGGCCAUAAUGAACACAGCUGCCACGCUACAGCAGAAAAUUCAGGCCGAAACCUCCAAAUUCACUGGGGACAACCAUGAAUUGUACAAGAAAAGGGCAUUACCUCAGUCAAAUGAAGAGGAAGAUUUUGUAUUAACACGUUACGAGAGAUUAACCGGUGCUCAACAAGACUUCUCCGUUUUUUCAUCCAAUUUACCAGGUCAACAGAGGAUUACGCGAGACUCUGGGCCGACGGACGAGAAUCCAGUAGAAACGGCAGCCAUCCGUAUCCAGGCGGCGUAUCGUGGUCACACGGUGCGACAAAGCAUGAACUGGAAACUACCCUCGGGAAACUCCGUCAAAACUAGUCACAGGAAGGAACUUCACGAGGAGGAUGACACGAUAUCGGAGACAGACACAAUCUCUGUGACGGUGACUGAAGAGUCCGAAGAAGAUUCACUCACCCACCGCAAGGUUGGAACUGGCCUGAAGCAGAGAGAAUUCCACGCUGGCAGCAGAAGUCGGCCCCCAGCUGAGGAAUUUGUGAUACCCCGUCCAAGUCACCCCUCCCAACCCAACAGAUACUCCUGGGAAAGUCCCUCCCCAGAUCCUUAUAAUGUACUCAGUAUAUUUGCCAGAAAACAGAAAAAUCAAGCAGGAAGACCUCGCUCGUCUGCCAGCGAAGUACAAGUCCAACAACAACGAACGUCUGUGAAAGAAGACUUCCGAGCAGAUCCUACUCAUUCCCAGCAUUCCAUUGUUUACAAAUCGACCAAAGUGACCUCAAACCUCCGAACUCAGAGUCCCUCAGGUGCACACAACUCCACAGGUGUCAAGGGUCAGAGUGCAGCGGGGUCAAUCCGUAGUGAAACUUCUCAUCCAGUCUCAGGGAGCCAAAGAAAUGUCUACAAGUCCAGGAGUGAUGCCACACACCCCAAGGUCUCGGGCUAUAGUGCGACUACAGCAGAGUCACAUGACAGUGAUGAGGACACCAUAGAGGGAGAGUCCUACUCACAGUCUUUAGAAAGUGAUGAAGAGAAACACUCGGGAAAAGUCAGUAAGCGUGUGUCGGAAAAAUCUUCCAUCAAGUCAGGGUACAGACCUCUGGGCAGUAAACCUACCAGUCUGGGUCCUGAUGGGGAACUCUCUAAUGAGGAGGAGAGCCAAAGUAUGUCGCUAGACAGAGUUUCUCCUCCUGGGGAAGAAUCCGAGUCCAGACAGUUCCCUCCACGAUUGUCCCCGAACUCGCUCGAGCGUAAGUUUUACCUUGAGCUUAACCAGCUGGAGAGUAUGGAGGAGUCUAUGAGACAGCUGACAGGAAUGGAGAGGACUCGAGCCGUGUCCAUGGCUCAGCAGGAAACCGUCUCACUGGCUCAGAUGCUAAAGGCUAGACAACAAGCUCAUGAAAAAGACAUGAAGCUACUCGAGGGCAAAGCCCAACAAGAGGCCAUGGAAGCUACGUCAGAAUUACAGAAUGCUAGACUGCGUGGCAGUGCGGCUUCUGAUGGAGCAGAGGAAAUUCUGUCUAGGCUCAGUAGUCAUCGGACCAGUGCUCGGCCAAUAGAGAGCAGUGAUAAUAUCAGGCCUAGGAAGGCCGGUAAACAGAGUGUUUCUCAUGCACCCGAGUCUGCUCGCACAGCAACUCAGUCCUACACUCGGCCCACAACCUACUCCGACACAUCAACCAGAACUCAAAGCGCUGAUGAGAAUGUGAGGACGGCCAGUGAUUCCCAGCGAGGGGCUGACAGUGACUCCUCUAUCCGGUCCCUCAGUAAGGCCGAGGGUAAGGACGACAGUCUGAAGGAGGACAGCAUCAGCGAGGAGCUGGAGGACUACACGCUGGACGAGACGAUGACUGAGGAUGAGAUGGACCGCAGCUUCAGGUCCAUACUGCCCUCAGAGAGUCACCGCAAACGUGCCAAAAAACAACUGGAUAAUGUGUCUGUCACCUCAGACGAAGGCAGUGGGUCAGCUCCUGCUACUCCUCGCUACUCCAUGGAUGAUCUGGGUUCAUUUAUUGGUGAGGACUCCUUCAACAAGUUCACUGAAGAGAUGGUCAAACAGUUCAUGAGAGAAGAGGAACUAAGGGCCCAGCAUCAGGCAUCUUUGCUUCAACUUCGAGAGAAAGCUCUAAUGGAGAAAACAAAAGCUGAGUUAUCUUGGCUAGAACAACAGAAACAACGAAUCAGAAACAAAGGAGCAGACGACACCUUCCCACAAAUCAUCAAAAAACAACGAGGUCUGAAAAUGAGGCUCCAGGAACAACAGGCUGAGAUAAAACGUCUUCAGGAACAGAACAAGGCAGCAUCUCGAGAGAGACAGUUAAUUCUUCAACAACACGAAGAAAUCAGUCGCAUGCGACAACAGACGGAAAAGACCAAGAAUAAAAUGGGUGGGAGACUGAGUCGACCAUCAGAAGUCCACACAGAGGAUGAAGUCAGUGCUUUCGAUGACCAUUCUGAUGCAGGAACAAGGACCCAUCCAAAGAAAGAUUACAAGUCUGAUUCUGAGAUCUACACAGAACCAAAGUCCAUCAACAAGAAAGGCAAGGGUGACAGCAAGACAAUGGAAAAGAUGAAAAAGAUACACCUGGAUGAAAAGUACCUGACAGUGCGUGAACACAGACUCCAUGACAGAAGGAAGAACGUGGAAGAUCUGCUGAAGUGGAAGAAGAGGCUGGAUGAGGAGGAGGAGAAGAUUUAUAAGAUGGAGCAGACGGCGCUGAAGAUCUGGGACGGCGACAAAAAGGAGGUCAAGGCCAAAGGAGGAGAGGCGGCACAGAAAGAGAAACCCAAGACGGCAGGCAGGAAGGACAAAAAGGAGUCACAAACCUAUUCUUCAGUACAAGAUGACAGCUUUGUAUCAGAAGCCAUUACCACGGCUAAGGACGACUCAAUCAAGAAAUCUGUGACUGAGACUCCAAAGACAGAGACAGUCAUCAGUGAGGAGAGUUCACCAGAGGUCAAGCGUGUCUCAUCAGAACAGGGGGCUAAGUAUAAGACAAGCCUGGGGAGAAGUGCGAGUGAGAGCUCUAUUCCAGAGGAAGUCCUAUCUCAGUCCAGUGUGGAGGAAACUCCAGUCACCCCCACCAGGAGAGUGAAAUCCUCAGUUGCGGAGUCCACCGCACUGAAUGACAGUUAUGGUGACAACACAUUUGUUGAUGAGUCAACAAUGGCCACAAGCCGAGACAAACUGAGCAGGAAGUCCCCUAGGUCUCCCUUAGAUCAGCUCAGUAAACAGAAAAUUAAUAUCCCCCUCGCUGGAAGGGACCUCAAACCUCGUCGUCAUGGCAACAGGGGCAGAAGUUCAGAAAGUGAAUCAGAGGAAUCAAUAUCUCAUACUGAUGUGUCCACAUACACAGAGACCCAGUCUGAUCUCAGUGAUUUUGAAGGACGAGUCAGGGCCUUGACAGAAGAUCUGAAACGAAGGAAGAUCCAGGCAGAUAAACUGAAGAAAGAGAGAAAGAAAAGAAGGAAAGACAUCCUGAAAAAUAAAGAGGAGGCUCUCAAGAAGCAAAUUGAGGCUUUGGAUAAUCAGAUAGAUCAACUGAAGUCUGAGAUCCACAACACAACUGACCGAGAACCAGCCAAGGUCAAACCUCAGAUCCUUAAGCCAAGGGUCAGCCCGGUCAAAAAGUCACCAGAGGUCACAUCACCAAAGGUCGUCAAUACUGAUGACAGCAGUACAGAGUCUACACAUAGCUCUCCCUCUGUUGUAGAGGAUAAAGAUUCCAAACCAAGCUCUCCUGUGUCAAAAUCAACACCUGUGUCAAGUCGCAUCCCAGCCUCUCUGGACAGGAUUUCUGAAGGCAGUGAAUCUUCCAGGUCAAGGUCGCUCAGGAACAAAGAAGACAGUUCAGUGACAGAAGACAUAGAGACGGCAGCAGACGACAGCAGUGUGUCGGGCUAUGUGAAAAUCCCCAAAUCUCCUGUCAGUGAGAAGCAGCCUACGUAUAAAGAGGAUGACUCCUACUCCAUGGACUUUGAGAAAACUGCAAGCCUGGCUGGGCCACCCUCAGAAAAGCCACCUGUUAGUGCAAGGAGCACCGAGAUCAGCUUAAGCAAACCAGCAUUUAAUGAGCAGAUAUCUGAAGCUAUCUCAGCAGUGUGUAGUGAACACAUCGAUGAUUCUGUGAGAACAGAAAGUUUUGUGAAACCACUGGAUUUGAAGAAAGACCAAGAGGAACCUUAUUCUCCCAGAUCAAGUGUGACUGUUUCAAGGCCCUCUAGUGGAAAGAGUGAGAGAUCUUAUGGAAGUCGAUCUACAGAUUUCGAGUCAGCGUCAGAAUCAGAACCAACAUCCGUGGCUCCCUCUGAGCAACCAGAGCAGCAGAUGAAGGAGGAGAGUGUGAUAGACAGUAUCAUUGAUAUAGCUCAGAAUACAGAGGAUGAAUCGGAACAGUACCCUGUAUUCAAUACCACAACCAAGGCUCAGGAAGAGGAAGAUGAAACACCCAUUAAUUCUCCUAGAGAAAGUUCUGAUUUCUCACAGAUUGACGAUGUUAUGGCAGACUUCAAUAUUGGGGAUUAUGUGUCUGUUACAACUAGUGAUAGAAAUCGCAGGAAAGGACAACUUUUGUUCAAAGGAAAGGUGCACUUUGCUCCAGGAAUUUGGGCUGGGGUUGAGUUAGAAAAACCAGAUGGAAAAACUGAUGGCAUGGAAGAUGGGAAGAGGUAUUUCAGUUGUAAACCAGGACAUGGUAUAUUUGUGCCCGGUAAUGACCUCAUGCCUCCUCCAACUCCCACCCCCAGGAGUAUGGGUCAGGGCAGUGCCAACAGUAUAACCGACGAAUCUGAGGAAGAAUCGGAGGUUGCGGGAGAACCAGACCUGAGCAAGCUGAUCAGUGAAGCUGACCUCAAUGUCAGGGAGUUUGAGAAAAAGAAAGAAGACCAGGACAAACUAACGGACUUGAUCACUGAUCAGAUCCUGGAGAAGGUAGUCAGUGAUGAGUGUAAUGUGAUGGCUGACAUCUCAGACAAAAAGACCCCACCUCCUGUGGCCCCCAAACCCAGGAGGACCCCAGAACCAGCCCCAGAGAACAAAGAGGACCAGGGACAUGCCCUGAUGAACGGGCACCUGUCACCUCCAGAAUCAGACAGCGGACAGAACUCUCCCCUCCAGAAGAAGAUAGAAAUGUCCAACAAGGUGGUGGAUAGCCUGCUGGAUGAUGCUCUGACCAAGAUGUUGAAGAUCAGCAAGAAGAAGAGAAACGAGAAUAACAACUUGAAGGUGACUCAGAACUUACUGGAUCUUCCCAUCUCUCCUACUAAGGAACUGAUGGAGGUGCUUAGUCGGGAGGAGGAGGAGGAUGAAGAGGAGGACCUCAGUAAUGUCCCUCCCCGGCCAAGUUCUCCAAUGCCAGGCAGCACCCCACAAAAUAGUCAGCGUAAGAUGCUGGACAAUGACAUCAAUGCCUUGUUUGGUAAUGAACUGGAUGAUGAUGAGAUGUUUAGUGGACUGACCCCAGCCAAGGCCCCUCCCCCCUAUCCUGGCACCCCAGAUCCCAAGCUGGAGAUGCAGAAGUUGGCUGAGGAAGUGAAGAUAGCAGUGCCUCACACCAGUGAACAGGUCAGGAGGAUAGUGGCCAGUGCUGUGGAGAUUCACUUUGAGCAUCUUACGAACGAGGAGUCGAUUAACGGCCAGGAACCGCCCGACUCAUAUUUCACAGAAGAGGAGUUGAAGGAUGAGGGACUAGAAAGUAGCAGCCGACGUGUUUAUAAAAAGUUAUUGUUUGACCUGACAGGUGAAUUAAUGAAGGAAAUUUACAAAGACGAACAAAAAGAGGAGCCACCUCCAUGGCGGAAGCCCAAACAGCGACGACAGAAAUAUUUCCGUGGUGCUUCUCCACCCCGAGAGGUGGACUCGUUAACGCCUAUUGUUCAGGAGGCGGUUAUUGACAUGUUAGGUUUGAACGGUUCACGCAAACUAGAUCGGAAUAAGUGGAACAUCCGCAAGAAAAAGGACCACGUGGAUAAUAUUCUGGUUCAGGAGUUACGAGAGGAGGAACCAGAGUGGGUAAAUUAUGACGACGAUGAAGUGGCAGUGAAAAUGCAGCUGACAGAUAAUAUUUUUGAGACCUUGUUAACAGACACAGUGCAAGUCAUGAGCAAGAUUUACCAGAAAAGGCGAGCAACUGUGCAUAACUGACUAUAUGGCUCCAAAAGUGUUUAAGUCUAGAAUUUUAUUAGGCAUUUAGGAAUAUCUAUAUAACCAUUCCGGAAGUAUAAAAUGGCAGGAUUCAAUGGAGUGAUAUCUACUGGUCAGAACUUUUUCCCUCCGUUUAGGAGACGAAUGUUUGAAAUGCAAGUCCAUGUUAUUUAUAUCUAAUGUAUAUAUACAUGUAGAUAAUUAUUUAUUUUCAUGACCGUAUGGGUUGUGCCAUGUCUUGUUAGUGACUGAGAGAAUCAUGUGUGUGUUUGAGAGAGGGGACAUUUUGCAUGUUAUAAACCUAAUGGAGUGUAUUGAAUCAUUACAUAUGUUGAUAAUACCCUUCUGUCAACAAAACCAUCAUACUUCAAAUUACCGCAGAAAUGAAUCCUAUAGUUUCUGUGAAAACAUCCUUCUUUCUUCUGAAAUGGAGAUCAGAUGUGCUUUGUGAAUUCCAAAUCAUACAUAACUGUAUCUACCUUUUUUCUCAUAUUUCAUCAUAUUUUGUACAUUUUUAUUGAUGUUUUAUCAGUUGAUAAUUGAUUUACAUACUCAGGAUAAUUUAUCUUGAAUCCGUCCAUUUGUUUUUUGUUGAACUGGUUGAAUAUAAAUUCAAUCAAAUGUCAAAUAUCCACAAAGUAGGGGCAUAGAUUGUAAUUCCAUAUUUCCUUGUAGAACAGUUGUAUACACUGCCAGGUAAUCAAAGCAUAGAGAAAAAAAAAUACAGUAGAUACACAUGUAGGGGUGACCUUUGAAGUGAUUAAUUUUCUGAUAAAUAAUUAAAUGAUUUUGUUUCAAUGCUAAUAUCAUACUAACCCUUGCAUUUACUUUGUUAUCGAGAUUUGUAGGUGAAUAUUUUUUUUUAUUUCACUUAAACACUCAUUCUCUGUGUCAGAUAGCUGUACUUUAUAUUUCAUCUGAUUGGUUCAUUUUUUGGCAUCAACAUUUGAUUGGUUCUUUUUUUUUUGAUGUCAGGAUUUGAUUGGGUUAUUUUUCCAAGAUUUUAAAUUAAUUCAUUUCUUCAUUUAACCAUCUGUGUCUUACUUGGAAUUGGUGCUUUGGAAUUUUUUUUACUAGUUAGAAUUUUUUUCAUCCUCAUUACUAGAACGAUUAAUUUGUCGGAGUGAGAAUUAUCCCUCAGAACUUGUUCAAUUUAGCUUCUUUUCCAUUAAACUUAAUUGAUACAGGUUCACUUUGAUUUUGAAGAUUGGGUAGAGAGUUCUUCAAUUAAUUUUUGUUUUUAUGUGUCAUAUUCAUUUAUGAGUGCAUGAUUCUGAGGGAAAACUAAUCAUAGUUGAUGAAACCUGUCAAACAUAAAACUGUUGAAUGAGAAAGCAGCCGAGAAUGAGAACAAGUGCUAAUUUUUUGGAGUUGUUUUGUGUGUAUUUUAUUUUAAUUUUUUUUUUAUUUGAAUGAGACUAUUUUGUGAUAUUACACACCUUUACACAGAGUUGUUGAAUUUUACCAGUUUAAAAAGAAUACUGAGAGAUUCAUAGGAUGUGAUAUACUACAGAUUAAAAGCUACAUAACACUAGUUUUCAGAAUAGAGAUCUGGAUAUUUUUAGAAUUCUCAUCAUUUCUAUAAAUAACAUUUAGAUCUACUGUAGCUGUGUAUACAUAUGUAGAAAUAGAUCUUGUUCAUUUCCAAAGUCUUUUUUUUUUUUGAAAAGGGAAACAAGUCAUCAGUUAUUUAUUUUUUUAUGCAUUCAGUUUUUUUAUAUGAAAAAAUCUUUUGUUUUUGUGUGUCAAUUUGUUCAGUUAUCAAAAUCCUAAAAUUUAUGUUGUCUGGAGAAAGAAAAAAUGGGAAAUGAACAAGAAUUAAUUGUACAUAAGUAGCUACCUAAACCAUAUUUUUCUUCUUUAUUUAUUUUGUUAUUUAUAUUCAGUAAUUUUUUUUUAUUUAUUUGUAUAGCUAUAGAUAAUUCUUCCAAAUUAGAACCAAAAUAUGAUGCACACUUCCCCCAUAAUUUUUAGAAAAGAUAGCAAUAAAAUCUAAUAAAUUCAACAAAUCUCCAAUUUUCAUACAGCUGUCAUAUUUAUUUUUCUAAUUUUUUACAACAUGAUUUUCAUACUAUUUUGUGCUGGAAUUUAACAAGUAUAGUUGAACUAUUUUUACAUGUGAGUAGUCAUUGUUAAGAGACAUCUUUUGUAAACUAUGCAAAACACUGUGUCAAGCUUCUCAGUGAUAGAGGCAGAAAAUAAAUUAUAAACCAAGAAA